UAUUAAUAAACCCUCACACUCUUGAGCGGCUGCACACACGCGCGCGCGCACACGCAAGAACCGCCCAAGCCGAACACACAAGCAAAGGGAGGGACAGCGCGCGAGAUCGAGAUGAAGGUGGAGGUGGUGGACACGACGCUGGUGACGCCGAGCGAGCAGACGCCGCGGCACACGCUGUGGCUCUCCAACCUCGACCUCGCCGUGCCCAAGACGCACACGCCGCUCGUCUACUACUACCCGGCGCCCCCCGCCGGCGACGGCGGCGAGAAGCAGGAAGAGUUCUUCGCGCCGGAGAGGCUGCGGGAGGCGCUGGCGAGGGCGCUGGUGCCAUUCUACCCGCUGGCGGGGCGGAUGGCGACGGGCCCCGAGGGCCGGCUCGAGAUCGACUGCAACGGCGAGGGCGCGCUGUUCGUCGUCGCGCGGGCCGACUUCACCGGCGACGAGAUGUUCCGGGACUUCGAGCCCUCCCCGGAGGCGCGCCGCCUGCUCGUCCCCUUUGCCGCCUCCGGCGACCCGCCCUGCCUCCUCGCCAUGGUCCAGGUGACGUUCCUCAAGUGCGGCGGCGUGGCCGUGGGCACGGGCAUGCACCACGUGACCAUGGACGGCGCGGGCGCGAUCCAGUUCAUCCGGACGUGGACGACCCUGGCGCGCGGCCUGGACGCCGCGUCCGUGCACCCGUCCCCGCCGGUGCACGACCGCACGGUGCUGCGCGCGCGCUCUCCCCCGCAUGCCACCUUCGAGCACCCGGUCUACUCCCCGAGCAACCUCAACGGCCUGCCCCGCCCCUUCGUCACCCGCGUCUACGCCGUGUCCCCCAAGCUCCUCGCCGGCAUCAAGUCCAGCUGCGCGCCCGGCGUGUCCACCUACUGCGCGCUCACCGCGCACCUGUGGCGCGCCAUGUGCGUGGCCCGCGGGCUGGCCCCCGACGCCGAGUCGCGGCUGCGCGUGCCGGCCAACAUCCGGCAGCGCCUGCGCCCGCAGCUGCCGGCCAAUUACUUCGGCAACGCCAUCGUGCGGGACCUGGUGACGGUGCGCGUCGGCGACGUGCUGUCGCAGCCGCUGGGGUUCGUGGCGGAGCGGAUCAAGCGCGCGGUGGCGCGGGUGGACGACGCCUUCGUGCGCUCCGUCAUCGACUACCUGGAGGUGGAGUCGGAGAAGGGCAGCCAGGCGGCGCGCGGGCAGUUCAUGCCGGAGACGGACCUGUGGGUGGUGAGCUGGCUGGGCAUGCCCAUCCACGACGCCGACUUCGGCUGGGGCUGCCCCAAGUUCGUGGCGCCGGCGCAGAUGUUCGGCAGCGGCACGGCCUACGUCACGCAGGCGCCCGACAAGGACGACGGCGUGUCCGUGCUGUUCGCGCUCGAGCCAGAGUACCUGCAGUGCUUCGAGAAGGCCUUCUACGGGGAGUGACCGACCAAAGCCUUCUACGGUGAUGCGCCUUUCAAAGAGCCACUUGGGAGUUGGGAUCUCGAGUCCGUCGAUAGUGUGGAGUGCUGUAUCAUAACGCAACAGAUACUGCGGAAGUGUCGAGGUUGCUGCUUGUUUCUCGCGCCUUUCUUCACUGCUACUAUGUGACAUUGUGGGCUAACUAUUAUCUAUACAAAGUCUAAAUGAAAAUGGCCUCAGGUUUAGCUCUCUGGAAAA